AUGAGUAAAAGCCAAGAGGAACUUCCUCAUGAACUUGAGAACCAGUUCAUAUUGCGGCUGCCCCCAGAACAUGCCACAGCUGUCAAGAAGAUCAUACAUUCUGGAAAUCCUGCCAUGAAAGAUAAACUGAAAAUUGACUUAUCUCCUGAUUCACGGCAUGCCGUUGUUCAGGUAAAUGACGUUUCACUGUCUGCCAAAGUUGUUGACUUGCCUUCUGUUAUUGAAAGCCUAAAGACUCAUGAUAGAAAAACUUUUUAUAAAACAGCAGAUAUUUCCCAGAUGCUUUUGUGCAGUGCUGAUAGUGAUCUCCACUCUUCUCCAGAAGAACCAGCGGCUUCUUCUGCUGGUGUUACUGCAAUGGGAAACGAAGGGGAAGCAGAGAAAAAAUAUAUUUGGAAGCAUGGCAUUACUCCACCACUUAAGAAUGUCAGAAAGAAACGGUUUCGGAAACCAACAAAAAAGCCCCCUGAUAUGAAGCAAAGUGGAGAAAGCUGUAGUGGCUACAUUGAUUCGAAAGACGUGGAAAAGGAAGUGAAAAGACUGUUGCGUUCAGAUGCUGAAGCCAUUAGCAGCCGAUGGGAAAUUAUUGUUGAUGAGGAAGCCAAGGCAGUACAAAGUCAAGCCAGUAUGCCAGUCCUUCCAGUGACCUCUGAAAUAGGAGGUCAUGUCUCAUCAGAAUGUGCUAUGUCUCAGAGCACAUUCCUUGAGUCUAGCAGUGAUGAUCAAGACAAGAAUGAGAAUAAAGAUGAAGAAGAGGAGGAGGAAGAGGAGGAAGAAGAAGAGGAGGAUGAGGAUGAAGAGGAGGAUGAGGAGGAGGAGGAGAAGGAAGAUGAUUCUGAAGAGGAUCUGGAAAGAGAGCUACAAGCUAAGUUUAUUGAGUUUAGCUUGUGUGAAGCUAAUGAAGACUGCAGUUCAAUAAUUCUUGGAAUUCAGAAGCUGAUUCAUUACAAGGAGAAAAAGCUCCAAGAGAUUCAGGGCAAAGCACAAAGGCAGAUAGAUCUCCUUGGAAAAUUAGAAAACCUCACCCUCAAGAGUCAUUUCCAGUCUGUGCUGGAACAGCUAAAGUUACAGGAGAAGCAGAAGUAUGAGCAGAUCAUUUUCCUACAGGAACAACUGAAAUAUUUUUCGAAGAAGUAAGAAGACUCUGAAUCUGUCAUUCACUGGUGAAUUCACAUUGGUUAAACU